UCAUCAUGUCAGGAUAUGUUUUCAGUUUAUUUGUGGUGAUCAGUUUUUGCAAUUUUUCAAAUGCAAAAGUAUCACACUUUUACAGAAUGGAACCGGCAAUGAAUGACAAAGUGUCUAACACGAAUCUUGUGGGAGAGUACCACUCGGAAUCCCUCGGCGUGUGUUCUGCUAUGUGUGGCGGACGCUUUGGAUGUUUCGGGUUUAAUGCAAGACAGAAGAAAUGUCGAAUACACAAGCACUAUCCAGCAAGCAUGACAGGUCAGGAAGAUGGAUGGGUAUACUACAUUUCAAUCAUUUCAGAAUCUGCUGGUUGUGGAUCUGAGUGGUUGGAACACAAUGGUCAUUAUUACUUUUAUGGUACAACACCACUCACAUGGAAUGAAGCCCAGAUAGCGUGUGAGGCCGUGUCAUCACAGUUAGUACAGAUUGAGGACAAGGAAGAGUCUGACUGGCUGGCUGCAACAUUCCUUUUCAAAAGCACGUGUUCAGACGGAUUUUAUUCUGACUGCACGGCUUGGAGUAGUGGAAAUAUCAGUAUUGAAGGAAACUAUCGGUGGCAACAAUCAAAUUUGGCCAUGAACUUUACAUACUGGAAUUCAGAUCAACCAUCCGGAUCUUAUUUAGAUAAGGAUGAGGACUGUGUUGAAAUACUAAGAAAUGGAAAAUGGAAUGAUCGAGAAUGUGGUGACCGAAAUUGGCUCAUUUGCGAAAAGACCAAAUGUUGA